UCUUAUGGGGCAACUGGCAGACCUAGACCGCGGACGACCGUUGCAAGCUGCAGUCCGGGACGAGGCGCCGAUGCCGCAUCGCUAGCCCAGCGGCUGGCAGCGGCGGAGUGACACCACCUCAGCCGCUCAGGCGAAAGCUUUGCUCUCGUGCGGUGCGGAGAAGCGCAGGAUGGCUCCCGCCGGCUGGCGCUGGCGAGGGCCCGGGCGCGGGCAAAGCGAGCUUGCGAGCCCGAGUGCUGUCAACCCUGGCUCUGUCCUCGGCGCCAGGCCCUGUCCUACCUGCUGCUGCAGCGCACCAGGGACUGGAUGGCUGGCCCAGCAAGAGUCGGCGCACCUCUCGAGCGAUGUCGGCUACCGCGGAGCCGAGCUGCCGAGCAUGGCCCGUGGGGAGUGCGAAGGAGGCGCCGUCUCGUGGUGCCUCGCGUGCGCUUUGCAGCGCUGCUGUCGCAUCGCGCAUGGCUCCGCACUCCGGUUUAGCGGCGCAUACUGCCUGCUGCCGGCUGGGUCGCCGGCGGCUCGCCUGAGAGCAGCGAGGUGCCUGCUGCGGUCGUCAUGCUGCGGCCAUCAUGCGCCCUCAGGCGGAGUAAGGGCAGAGCCAAGCUUGCGAGGACAAACCUCUCGUGCUCGUGCUCGCCUCGCCGUUGCGCUGCGCUGCGGGGUCGGGUGCGGCGGCUGGUGCUGGGGAGCCGCGCUCGGCCAUGGGCAUGCAGCCUCGGGCAAGCUGUGAGGGCCCGCAAGGAACAGACGCCAGCCAGCCGCUG